AUGUCGAGUGUGAAGAUGAUCGGAGUGAUAGGCGGCGGUCAGAUGGGAUCAGGAAUAGCCCAACUCACCGCCAUGCACGGCAUCGAUGUUUGUCUUCUAGAUGUCGACUCUCAAGCUCUUUCAACUGCUUCCUCUUCCAUCUCUUCUUCCAUCAACCGUCUCGUUUCCAAAUCUCUUCUCUCUCACCCCACUGCUUCUGAUGCUCUCAAACGUUUGCGUUUUACCACUAAUUUAAACGAUCUCUCUCAUGCUGAUUUCAUUAUUGAAGCUAUUGUAGAAUCUGAAGAGGUUAAGAAAUCUUUGUUUCUUCAAUUAGAUAAGAUUGUUAAGACUUCUGCAAUUUUGGCUUCUAAUACCAGUUCCAUCUCCAUCACUCGUUUAGCAUCUUCUACCACUAGGCCACAACAGGUAAUAGGAAUGCAUUUUAUGAAUCCUCCACCAAUUAUGAAAUUGAUUGAGAUUGUACGAGGUGCUGAUACUUCUGAUAACACAUUUGCUGCUACAAAAGCACUCUCACACAGGCUUGGCAAAACCGUAAUAACUUCCCAGGAUUACUCAGGCUUCAUAGUGAACAGAAUCCUUAUGCCCAUGAUAAAUGAAGCAUUUUAUACUCUGUACACUAAUGUUGCAACGAAAGAGGAUAUUGACACAGGAAUGAAGUUGGGUACUAACCAUCCAAUGGGCCCUUUAGAGCUUGCAGACUUCAUUGGGUUGGAUUAUGUUGAUGCUGGCAGACUUGGAAGAAAACGAGGCGUCGGUGUGUAUAACUAUAGUGAAGAGCCAAAGUCUUCAAAAUCAUCUUCUCGUCUAUAA